AAAUCAAGACCACCUUCAUCAAGCCCUUCCAGUAUUAUUCGCCGGACUUCCUCAUUGGAUACGCUUGCUGCUCCAUACCUUGCUGGACAGUGGCCUCGUGAUAAUCAUGGACAAGCUGCUCCAUGUAUGAGAGACAAAGCCACUCAGACAGAAAGUGCCUGGGCUGAAGAAUAUUUAGAAAAGAAGAGAAACUCGCACAAACGUUCAGCAUCAUGGGGCACCAAUGAUCAACUCAAGGAGAUUGCAAAAUUGCGUCAGCAAUUGCAGAGGAGCAAACACAGCAGUAGACAUCAUCGCGAUAAAGAAAGACAGUCUCCAUUUCAUGGUAACCAUGCAGCUAUUAACCACAGUCAGGCUCCCAUCCCAAAAAGUGCUCUUGUUCCUGUGAUACCUAUUACCAAAUCAACAGGAUCACGAUUCCGAAACAGUGUAGAAGGACUGAAUCAGGAGAUUGAGAUAAUAAUUAAGGAGACGGGUGACAAAGAGGAACAGCUGGUUCCUCAAGAUAUUCCAGAUGGGCACCGUGCACCACCUCCCUUGGUUCAGCGUAGCAGUAGUACUCGCAGCAUUGAUACCCAAACACCUGGUGGAGCAGACAGGGAUAGUAACAACAGCAGUCGCUCCCAGUCAGUGUCUCCAACUUCAUUUCUUACCAUCUCUAAUGAAGGCAGCGAAGAAAGUCCAUGUUCUACAGAAGAUCUUCUUGCUGAUUCCAGAGAUAAAGAGAAUGGAAAUAAUUCUCCCUUGCCAAAAUAUGCUACCUCACCAAAACCUAACAACAGCUACAUGUUCAAGCGUGAACCUCCAGAAGGCUGUGAAAAGGUGAAAGUCUUCGAGGAAAGCUUGCCAAAGCCAUUGCAUGAAAUUCCAGCCUUCUACUGCCCUGACAAGAACAAAGUGAAUUUCAUUCCUAAAAGUGGCUCUGCUUUCUGUCUUGUCAGCAUCCUCAAGCCACUUCUUCCCACACAGGAUCUCACACUUAAGGGCACUACACACAGCCUGACUGUCUCCUCUGGCAUGACAUCCAGUUUGUUACAGCCCAUUUCUAUGGCCUCCUUGUCUGCAAACACAGAUCAAGACAGGAUCUCUCGUGGAACAAGUACAGUAAUACCACAGACCUCUAUACUCCAGCAACCAGGACAUAUUGAGGAAGCUGAAGGAUAGAUUUAGAUUGUCGUGACGUUUUUCUGGGCAACUACUGGGAAAAAAUUGGAACCAGUUGACUGGACCUUUCUGAUCAUGCUAUUUGCAUUGUUUUAACAAUUUAUGGCACUGUCAUAACUGAACUGUUUGUUUAAUUGACAGUUUGGUAGCACAUUGAGAAGUUUGGGAGGAUGCAGCAGCUGAUACUCUGUUGCUCUUCUGCUUUUAAAGACUUCGGUUCUGUUUCCUGC